UAUUUCAAAGUUUUAUGAAACAAAAUGAGGCUGAGAUAAAAUUUUCCCAAUGUGUUUAAAACCCAAGCAAUUCCAUCCAUCACCUACCGUGAAUGAUGAAGUCAAUAUCUCUCCUGAUUCUGCACCGCAAUGACUAUAGUAGGAAAAUUAGCAGGUCCCAGAGCAUUGCUAGAUGAUAGGGAUGAGAAAUAUAUUGCUUAUUGAUAUAAUAUUUCAUGUAAUGACAAAUAAAAAAAAUAAAAACUUUAAAAAAAUAAAGACUGACAAUAAAUAAUCUACUCAUGGUAUAAUCCACCACAUUGUCCUCUUCUAUUUCUUUGACACAAAAAUAACUUUUACUAUAUUAACAUGCACAAACACAUUUUAUUGUUAUAACACACACACACACACAUAUAUAUAUAAUUACAUACACACACAGAUAUAUAUAUAUACACACACACAUAGAUAUAUAUAUAUACACACACACAUAUAUAAACACUAAAUAGUGUGGAACAAAAAAAGGAUAUGCAUUUGAAAAUAUAAUAUUAUAUCAAUUUUCACUAAUGAAUCACAAGUUCAUCAAAGUUAAGCUGACAGUGAAGUUUUAGCAAUAUAAGAAACUUUUCAUUUAUAUUCAGCAUCAACACUUCUGUUUGACUUAAGUGACGCGCUGGAAAAUAGGAGUGACUAUGAUAAUAAAGUAGAUUUCCUUUUCCAGAAUGCAUUUUUUUCCUGAAAGGGGAUAUGCCUGCCCUAGGAAAGCAGACUUGAAUCAUCCCCUUGUUUGGAUUAAGAUUUAGGGCAAUAUUGGGAGGAGUUAGGCCGGCUGGCUGUUUCCAUAUUCAUUAGUAAGGGGAGGCUUCCUCAGGGGUCCUGCUGGGUUUCAUGAUAUAAAGCACCCUCUGGUCCCCCCUUCAAGACAAGUAAAAAUUAACAAGCUCAGCCGUGCUGGUCUUUCAGUUCCACAAGUCACAGUAUUGCUUCUGUUUCAAGAGGAGUCUUUAAAACAAGCUUAGAUGAUUAUGGAUUUUCUAAGUGAGAAGUUUGCCAUGAAAAGCCAACCCAGCAAAAACAGUGACUUUUACAUAGGAGCAGGGGGCACGCUGGAACAUGUUAUGGACAAUUUGGACAACGAUUCCUUUUACAACAAGAACCCUUCAAACAAAUGUGCCCAGGCCUUCAAUGCUAUCCAAAGGACUGACCAUCAUGUGAGAAUGGAACGGUCGUCACCUUGUGAUGAUACUAAUGUGAACUAUGGUAUUACUAAAGUGGAAGGUCAGUCCCUUCACACAGAGAUGGGGAGAACAAUGGAUACCUGUUGCAGCCUGAGAGUGUCUCCUGUUAAAGGGAUCCAGGACAAGGGAGAUCUUGAUGAACUUGGAGAUAAAUGUGACAGUAAUGUCUCCAGCAGCAAGAAGAGAAGACAUCGCACAACCUUCACUAGCCUACAGUUGGAGGAACUGGAGAAGGUUUUUCAGAAGACACAUUAUCCUGACGUGUAUGUCAGAGAACAGCUCGCCCUAAGAACUGAACUCACUGAGGCCAGAGUACAGGUCUGGUUCCAAAACCGCAGAGCUAAGUGGAGAAAGAGAGAACGCUAUGGACAGAUACAGCAAGCUAAAAGUCAUUUUGCUGCAACUUAUGAUAUUUCCGUUUUACCAAGGGCUGACAGUUACCCACAGAUUCAGAACAACUUGUGGACAGGAAACCCACCUGGCGGAUCUGUAGUUACUUCCUGUAUGCUACCCAGAGAACCUUCCUCAUGUAUGACACCUUAUUCUCAUCCAUCUCGGACCGACCCUUCAUACACAGGCUUUACAAAUCAUCAAAAUCAAUUUAGCCAUAUGCCCCUUAACAAUUUCUUCACUGAAACCUUAUUAUCCGGAUCUACAAAUGGACAUUCUUUUGAAAACAAACCAGAAUUUGAAAGGAGAUCAUCCAGUAUUGCAGUGCUUCGAAUGAAAGCUAAGGAGCAUGCUGCCAAUAUUUCAUGGGCUAUGUAAAUAGUGUAUCUAUAUAUAUAUUAUU